AUGGCCAAAAAUCGGAACAUUUCGCUCCUUGAGACGGAGCUCUAUUACUUGAUAUCUCGUUUCCUAACAACGGGUCCGUGUCGGAAAACGGCUGAGGUUUUGGUGAGCGAACUAGAGGAAUAUCAGCUUUUACCGAGGAGAUUGGACUGGCUGGGACACGAGCACCCGAGAACAUAUGAAGAUGUGGUUGCAGCCAACAGACAUAUUGCACCAGACCAUUUGCUACAAAUAUGUAAGCAGAUUGGACCGAUUCUUGACAAAGAGGUGCCAUCCUGUGUCCCUGGUGUCCACUCGCUCCUGGGAUCCGGAAAACAGUCAAUGCUUAGAACCUCAAAAGAAUGUGAUGGUGUGCGGUUAAAAACUUCAUCAUAUGCAGCCCUUCACAGGGGCAGACCACCAGAGAGGCCUUACAACAGCAAGAAACCUCCACAUAUAGUGAAAGUUUGUCGAGGAAGAGAGCUGACGGGAGCACCGCGAUACAGCUCCAUCAACCCUGUCAGCAACUACGGGCGCCUGCGCCUGCAUCGGCGAAUCCUGGGGCACCUGUCUGCUGUGUAUUGUAUUGCAUUCGAUCGCACUGGUCUCAGGAUCUUCACAGGCUCCGAUGACUGUUUGGUGAAAAUUUGGUCUUCCUUUGACGGGCGGCUACAUUCGACUUUGAGAGGACACUCUGCUGAAAUCACAGACUUGGCAGUCAGUUAUGAGAACACACUAAUUGCUGCGGGAAGCUGUGAUAAAACCAUCCGUGUGUGGUGCCUUCGUACCUGUGCGCCUGUGGCUGUGCUUCAGGGACACAGUGGAUCAAUUACCUCCCUACAGUUUUCACCAUUCGCCAAGGGCUCAAAGCGUUACAUGCUGUCCACUGGUACAGAUGCUACUGUAUGCUUUUGGCAGUGGGAUGUCAACAAUAUCAAAUUUAGUGAUCGUCCAGACAAGUUUACAGAGCGUCCAAGACUGGGAGUCCAGACGGUGUGCUCCUCAUUCAGUCCAGGUGGAAUGUUUUUAGCCACAGGAAGCACUGAUGAUGUCAUUAGAAUAUAUUAUAUGGGGAGUGGAAGUCCAGAAAAGAUAUCAGAGCUCCAUGAGCACACUGACAAAGUUGACAGCAUCCAAUUUUGCCAUACAAGUGAACGGUUUGUGAGUGGAAGCCGGGAUGGAACCGCAAGGAUCUGGAAGCUCCAUCAGCGGCAACAGUGGCGAUGCAUUUUGCUCAACAUGUCUACCACACUUCCUGGUGCUGAACCACUGAGUGAAGAGGAAAGUUACUUCAAGCCCAAAGUCACCAUGGUAGCAUGGGACCGACAUGACAAUACAGUCAUCACAACUGUCAAUAACUAUCUCCUGAAAGUGUGGAACUCCUACACAGGACAGCUUCUACACGUCCUCAAAGGCCAUGAGGCUGAAGUGUUUGUCCUCGAGCCACACCCAUUCGACCCUCGGAUUAUCCUUUCUGCUGGCCAUGAUGGAAAUGUUUUCAUAUGGGACCUGAUGCGAGGAACAAAUACACAGCACUAUUUCAACAUGAUUGAGGGGCAAGGUUUUGGAGCAGUUUUUGACUGCAAAUUCACCCCAGAUGGUCAGCGUUUUGCCUGCACAGACUCCCAUGGUCACCUGCUCAUCUUUGGCUUUGGUUGCUCGAAACCUUAUGAAAAGCUUCCAGAUCAGGUUUUCUUCCACACAGACUACAGACCUCUGAUCCGAGAUGCCAAUGGCUUUGUGCUUGACGAACAAACACAGCAAGCCCCACAUCUCAUGCCUCCUCCUUUUCUCGUGGAUGUCGAUGGAAAUCCCCACCCACCAAGGUAUCAGCGGCUUGUUCCAGGCCGGGAGAACGUUGCAGCAGAACACUUGGUUCCUCAGCUGGGAUAUGUUGCCACAAGUGAUGGAGAGGUAGUGGAGCAAGUGAUUAGUCAGCAGACUGCAGAAGUCGAGGAUGUUGCCGUCAGACGCAACAGCCUACUGGACGUGGCCAUCCGAAAUCUUCAGCAGCAACAGGAGCGUCAGAACCAGGCUGGUUCAGAGGGUGGUUCUGUAGCUGUACAAGCUCAGGCCUUUGUUGCAAUAGUGCCACCAGCCCCAAGCACGCCACGUAGAGUGUCUGUAAAUGAUCGUGCAGAAGUUCAGUCUCCUCCAAAUGUGGGUUUGCGGCGGAGCGGACAGGUGGAAGGUGUCCGGCAGAUGCACCAGAAUGCACCUCGCAGUCAGAUGGCCACGGAAAGAGACUUACAGGCCUGGAGACGUCGAGUGGUGGUGCCAGAGCUCGCACCGAACAUUCAUAGGGACCAAGUUGACAUCAGGAUUGCCAAAGGAGAUGAUGAGGUGGCAUUAUAUAAUGCAAAGAAGAGACGAAUAAUGUACAGCAGCUGUCGAGAUGAUUCUGAUGAGGAGCCUCCUUCUGCCAAACGAACACAUGGUCGCAGUGACACACUGGAAUUCAUCGAACUGUCAUGUGAAGAAGGAGAGGAGACAGCCAGCUCUGACGGUCACACCGAGGAAAAUGAUUUGGAUGGCAGUGAAAUUGACUCAUCUAAUGAUGAGGAGUGGAAUAGUGACAGCCCAAGUCACUCGUCCAGUGAGUAUUCAGACUGGACAGCAGAUGCUGGCAUCAACCUGCAGCCCCCCUUGUCACGUAAACGAGUCCGUCGCCAGCUCAGCAGUUCAGAAGAGGAGGAGGAGGAAGAAAAUGAGGAGGAGGAGGAAGAGAAAGAGCAACAGCAACAGCAGAGUGACGAGGAUGAAAAAACUGAAACAAAAGGAAAAGAAAAAGCCAAGAAAUCAAAGAACAAGUCUCCCAGACGGCCAAAAGUCAGACCUUCCGUCAACAGAGAAGUGUCCAAUGAGUUUCGACCCUCUUUAUGGAUCACUGAUGUAAUUCCUAGAAAAUCUCCUUUUGUCCCUCAGAUGGGUGAUGAGGUGAUUUAUUUCCGACAAGGCCACGAAGCUUAUGUUGAGGCUGUAAGACGAAAUGACUUGUACCCCAUCAACUUGGACAAGCAACCCUGGAAGAAAAUGGUGCUUCGGGACCAAGAGUUUGUAAAGAUUACUGGUAUCAAAUACGAAGUCUGUCCUCCGACACUUUGCUGUUUGAAACUGACUCUGAUUGACCACGGCACAGGCAAAAUCACUGACAAGUCCUUUUCUGUCAAAUAUCAUGAUAUGCCUGAUGUAAUAGAUUUUCUGGUGCUGAGGCAAAGUUAUGACGAGGCACUCCGUAGAAACUGGCAACCAGGUGAUCGGUUCCGCUCUGUGAUAGACGAUGCCUGGUGGUUUGGCACAAUCGUUUGCCAGGAGCCAUACCAAUUAGAAUAUGCAGACAGUCUCUUCCAGUGCUUUAAAGUCAGAUGGGACAAUGGGGAAAAUGAAAAGCUGAGUCCAUGGGAUAUGGAACCGAUUCCAGAUGAUGCUGAACUUCCAGAGUCCGAAGGAGGCAGCAUCCCUGUUACGGCUGAGGAGAUGAGCGAGCUGAUGUACAAGCCGUUGAAGGGAGAGUGGGGGCAGAGGAGCCGAGACCAAGAGUGUGAGCGAAUCGUUCCUGGUAUUGGCCAGCUCAGCACAAUUGAAAUUGCGGCGCCUUUCUCUGGGCCUGUCGACCUGAUACAAUACCCCACCUACUGUACUGUGAUUGCUUAUCCUACUGAUCUGGACACCAUAAGAUUUCGACUAAUGAACAAAUUCUACAGGCGCCUCUCAGCAUUAAUUUGGGAUAUCAGAUACAUUGCACACAAUGCCCGCACUUUCAAUGAGCCAAGGAGUAAGAUUGCCCACUCUGCAAAAAUCAUCACUAAUGUCCUUCAGAAAUUUGUCAAUAAUCCAACCUGCACAGACAUCAUGGAGAUUUACAGUGUUGUUGAAGAAAUGGAUGAAGAUGACGAGGAGGCAGAUACAGAAGCUCCAGGAACCUCCUCGGGACACAGGCUGCGCCAGCGCUCUACGGAGGUGCUGCCUGACAGAGAUGCUUGGAAGGAGCAGUGUAAAAACUUGCUAAACUACAUAUUUGAGUGCGAAGACUCUGAGCCUUUCAGACAACCUGUGGAUCCUGAGAAUUAUCCUGACUACCAUGAUAUCAUUGACACGCCAAUGGACUUUGGCACUGUGAAAAGGACCUUAGGGGAAGAACGCUAUGAAAAUCCUAUUGAGCUUUGCAAAGACACACGGCUAAUAUUUGCUAAUGCUAAAGCCUACACGCCCAAUAAAAGGUCCAAGAUCUACAGCAUGACCCUGCGACUAUCUGCCUUCUUUGAGGAACAAAUCCGAACUAUCAUAUCAGAUUACAAAACGGCAGUUAAGAGCAGCGCCAGGCUCCGUCGUAGCCAGCGAUUCAAAAAGAAAAUGCAGCAUGAUGCGUCCACUGCAACAGCAAGUCAAAAGAGAGAUUGUGUCAAAACUCAGGAAAAUGUGGAGCCCGUGUCUGGGACCAAAUCUACCUCAGCCAAAGCCUUGGUUCCUGAGCGGGCCAGGAGGACUCGAAGAGGCAGCACUGGUCAAAUCUCCUCAGAAGAUGACUCUGCUUCUAAAGGUGCUUCAUCAACAGCAGAGUCUGAAAGUGAAGUUAGCGAGUCAGAGGAGGAGACACGUCCAGGUUCCUCCAAACACCAUCAAGGGAAACGGAAAGCCAGGGUCACAAGGGGCAGCUCUUCAAAGCAGCGUAAAAAAGUUGCUGAUAGUGACAGUGAUGAGAAGGAGGUUGAGGAAGAGGAUGAGGAGCCAUUUGACAGUGAAGAUGGAGGACGAGAGAACGGAGACGUAUCUUCUCAUUCUUCAGGUCGUCGCUAUCCCUGUAGGGUAGCAAAGUGCAGGAGCGUACGGCUGACCAGAAAUGCUGCUGCUGCUGCUACUGCAGACAGAAAAAAGACUGAGAGCAGACCAGAGCUCAAUGGCCAUGCCAGCCGGUCUGCUCGCAAGGAGAGGCGUCAUCUCCACGCCUUUGACCAAACAUCAUCUUCGGGUUUUGAUGGAGAAGAGGAGGAAGAAAUAACAAUACGCAGAUCACUCAAGAGGAAAACUGCAAGGGCAGCUGCCAACAGAAUAAAGCUCCUUGAAGCAUCAGAUGAGGAAGAUGAGGACGAAGGGGAGGAGGAAAAGCCGAUAAGGAGCCGCCUGCGCAACACUUCCCGGACCAACAAACGCACCACAGUUCUUCAGAGCAGCUCUGAUUCAGAAGAAGAGCCACAUGUUUCUGCAAGUUCAAAGGCAGUGUCUGAAGAAUCCCAGGAUGAGGAAAAUUUCAAUGACAGCAGUUCUUCAAACUCCUCUCAGAAAAAGCAGAACGGGCGUGCAAGAACGCCAGUCAACACAAAGAGUAAUGGAACUUUGAAUUGUGUGAAUGGACACAGCCCAAAUCGCAAGUUGGACAGCAGUUCUGAGCAGGUAGAUGACGCUGCAGAAGAAAGUUCUGGAGAUAUGGAGGAACAAAAACAUAAACAACUGGCUGUGCAUCAUAAGCCUAGUAGAAGCUCAACCCGGAAGAGUAGGAUUACCAGUGAGGAGGAAGAAGCAGAAGGAGAGGAAAAACACGCUAAACGAAGGACUUCCCGGCGCAAACCUCCUAUAAGCUCAGAUGAAGAGGACAGUCCCCCGAGACAACCACAGCAAAAUGGAAGAGGCAAGGACGAAUCGCCCUUCAAGGACUCUAAAAGGAGCAAAAUGCCCUUGUCUCAAAGCCAAGAUCAACAAAAAUCUGCCUCAGCUAACCAAUUAGAUGCAGGUGAUUCCAAGGUGCUCAGUCACACGCCGAAGAAAUGCCACAAGAAAAGAUUGAAAAAAGAUGAAAAUGAUGGAGGUGAAAGCACUCAUUCAAGUGAUGAUUUUGUAAACACAAGCAGGAGGCCUUCAAGGAACAGCAACAGAACAAAACGACCUCGGGAUGACACUUCUGCUUCUGAGAGUUCUGAGCAAGAAUUUAAACCUAAGAAGUCGAGGAGGAAACACUCCACUGGUUCAUCGGACGAAGAGUCCGAAGAUUCAGACAAAGUGUCCAACAAGCGGCUUAACCUCAGGGUUUUGCCCAAAAAGAAAUAUAUUAGCGACAGCUCUGCUUCUGAAGAAGACUCUGUGAGCCUGAACCGACCUCGAAACAGGAACAAAGCAGGCACAGUGUCAAGGGAAGGCUAUAAUGAAAGUGAGUCAAAGAAAUCGUCUCGGAACGAAAGUAGGAUUCAAACAUCUUCCAAGAGAAAACGAAUUUACACCUCAGGAUCUGAUGAUGGAGAGCAAGAGCCAGUGGCCAAAAACAACCAAAAUCCUCCUAAACAGGAAUCAAAACGCGAUAAAGAGGAUGCCUUAUCCCAGUUGAAUUCCAAUGAGGACGAAGAAGUCUGUGGCAGUUCACAGAGAGGAAAGGACAAGAGUCGGCCCAAACACAGAACGCGGAUGGAAAGCUGCAGCAGUAAUCACAGUUCUGAUUCUGAAAGUGAGCAAUCGUCCACAGCCAGCGAAAACUCUUAUGCCAGCUCAGGGUCCAACAGCAGUUCAAAGAGGAGCCGUAGAAAAUGGGCCAGGCGUGGCGAAAGGACUGCCGGUCGACAGUUAAGGCAACGCCGACCACAAGUCGUCUCUGAGGAGGAGGACAGUGAAGAGUCGUACAGCAAACCACAGAAAAAGGGCCGUGUUAACACCCGCAACCGGGGGAAACGGACUGUCCUUUAUCACGACAGUGAGUGA